UGGCCAUGCCUCCCCUUCUUGCCCCCCUCUUCCUGCUACAGCUUGUAGUUCUUACCUUUGUGAGUGGAGGAGCAUACUACGGUCACAAGCAGCAUCCUCAGCCAUACCAACCGAUGCAGCAUAUCCAACAUAUUGGCAUGGGUAAAGACAUGCCCUAUGUGCAGUAUCCCCAUUACAGCAAGGAGCUCCCACCAAUGCCCAUGCACAAGGGAAAGGAAAAUGCUCAUAAGGGGGGAAGCUACAAUGGUGGCAAAGACAAAGGCCAGACAAUUCCUAGUGGUGCUGAGGGAAUUCCCCAAGGAGAGCCAGGCCCUGCUGGGCCACCUGGGCCACCUGGACCACAGGGACCUCCAGGACCUCCUGGGCCUCCGGGGAAUGGGUUGCCAGGACCUGCAGGACGCCCUGGACCUCCUGGUCCACCUGGAAUUCCAGGAGUUGGAAAACCAGGCUUUCCUGGGCUUCCUGGAAAACCUGGAGGAACUGGUAUUGCUGGCCCUCAAGGAGAAAUUGGCCCUAGGGGUGAAGAAGGACCACCAGGACAGUCAGGGCCUCAAGGACCCCCAGGACCACCUGGACUUCCAGGAAUAGGUAAACCAGGUGUUCAAGGUUUACCAGGUCAAGUGGGGCCCAAAGGUGAGCCAGGUCACAAAGGUCUUCCAGGUUUACCAGGACUGCCGGGACCCAAAGGAGACAAAGGGAUGGGGCUGCCAGGACCACCUGGACACAAAGGGCUUCCAGGGCUCCCUGGGCCUGCUGGUCCAAGAGGAUUGCCUGGUUUUGGUAAACCUGGAUUGAAUGGCACACCAGGACCACAGGGACCACCAGGUGAAAAGGGACAUCCAGGACAUCAAGGGCCAGCUGGACCACCAGGUGAAAAAGGACAGCCUGGCCCAGCAGGUCUACCUGGUCAAGGGAAGCCAGGUCAAAAUGGUCUACCAGGACAACCAGGCACACCAGGUGCGAAAGGUCAUCCAGGACCACCAGGUUUGCCAGGAAAGCCAGGAUUGCCAGGAUUUGGUAAACCGGGACUCCCAGGACCAAAGGGUGAUAAAGGUAUGAGCGGGCCACCUGGAUCACCUGGACCAAAGGGAGAUAAGGGUUACAGCGGUCCACCUGGUAUGCCUGGACCUUCUGGACCAAAAGGUCCUGAAGGUCAUCCAGGCCCUACUGGACCCCCAGGGCCUAUGGGUGCACCUGGUCCUAAAGGAGACUGUGGAGAAGAAGGACCUAAAGGUUUUGAUGGAGCCCAGGGUGAGCCUGGUCCUCAAGGGUUACCUGGAAAGGAUGGCCUGCCAGGAGACCAGGGCGAGCCAGGACCAAGAGGCCCACCAGGACCAAUUGGUGCCAAAGGAGACAUUGGACCUGAAGGUGUACCUGGUGUUCCUGGUUCUUCAGGACCUCCUGGUCCCAAAGGAGAAAGAGGUGAACCAGGUGAAGUGGGACCCCAAGGCCCUAAAGGAAUCCCAGGAAUGGAUGGUGCAGCAGGACCAAUUGGGCCCCCUGGUCUUCAAGGAUCAAAAGGAGAUUAUGGUCCUCCUGGUCCACCAGGCAUUGCAGUUGAAGGAAGUCCAGGUCUACCUGGUCCCAUAGGACCCCCAGGAAAAGAGGGCCCAUCAGGACCCCCUGGGCAACGAGGUCUGCCUGGCCCUCCUGGACCACCAGGUCCACCUGGAAUACCUAGUGUGUCACCUGAAAUGGCAGGAGUGCUUUCUGAGAUGGGCCCAGGACUAGACGGUGUUAAAGCUGGAAGUUAUGGCAAGAAGGGCAAGUAUGGAGGCAAUGGGGCAGAAGUAAUGGGUCCCAGUGGGCUGGAAAUGCCAGCAUUCACAGCUGUAGCAAUGACUCCUUUUCCACCUGUCGGCACUCCAGUCAUCUUUGACAAGCUUUUGUACAAUGGUCGCCAAAACUACAACCCCCAGACAGGAAUUUUCACUUGUGAAGUACCUGGCAUUUAUUACUUUGCCUACCACAUUCAUUGCAAAGGAACUAAUGUUUGGGUCGCUUUGAUGAGAAACAACGAGCCUGUAAUGUAUACAUACGAUGAAUACAAAAAGGGUUUCCUAGACCAAGCAUCAGGGAGUGCAGUAUUACCUCUACAGCUAGGGGACACUGUGUAUAUUCAGCUGCCCUCAGAUCAGGCUUCAGGACUUUAUGCUGAACAGUAUGUGCAUUCCUCCUUCACUGGGUACUUGUUAUAUCCAAUGUAAAACCACAAACUGCAGAGAGAGAGAGGCUUUGGUAAGAAGAACACAAGAGCUUAUUUUUGUAUGACAUAAAACACAGAUUACCUUACACUAAGCGUACUUUUAAUACAAAGUCAGCAAGCAAAUAGUCUCGUCAACAGACAAGACAAGAUAAAAUAUUUUAAAGAAGAUAUUUAAUCUGGUGAAUUAAAUCUGUACGAAGCCAAAGAGAUGGUUUAAUUGG